GUUUGUGUCAUGAUGACGAAGAUGAUGCAGGUAUGUUGUUUGUGUCCCACUUUGUUACAAAUAAUUUCUUGUUUUUAAAAAUAAUGCUCACGCGAUGGUACUCAAACAUGUGCAGAGGGGAAUAGCAGGUUAUGCGUCUCCGUUAGAGACUACUACUGUUACAUGCUGCAAACACGGCCUGCGAUCUUCAAUCCAAUACUUUGUGGAGCACGCCUACUGCAGCAAUGGGCGGUUGACAUGUACAUCAAGAUUGAGAGCUGUCGGUUGAGGUGGUACAGGAAGAACCAGACGCAGAUCCGUGCCGAUUUGUAUAAAGGAGUUGUUGAUGCGAUCACAUCGGGUGAGACGCGAGCAAGCGCUGUUGGGGUAAGAAUAGUGCUCCCUGGAACUUACCCUGGUGGCGACCGCGACAUGAAGAAGAGACAUAUGGAUGCCAUGGCAAUUGUCCAUACAUACGGGAAGCCUGACAUCUUCUUGACCAUGACUUGCAACCCUAAAUGGGAAGAGAUAACAAAUGAGUUGCUUCCUGGACAGACGGCGCAAGACCGACCUGAUAUUGUGGCUCGCGUGUUCUAUGGCAAACUAGAGGCUAUGAAAGAUAUGUUGCUCAAGAAGAUGGUCCUGGGUGUUGUUGUUGCUUAUGUUUACGUAGUUGAGUUCCAGAAGAGAGGCCUCCCCCACGCACAUUUUUUGUUGAUCAUGGAUUCAACGUAUAAGCUUCUUGUCCCAGAGCAGUAUGACCGACUCAUUUCCGCAGAGCUCCCAGACAAGCAAAAGUAUCCGGAAUUGUAUGCAAUGUUGGCAAAACAUAUGAUGCACGGACCAUGCGGUGCUCUCAACCCGAAGAAUGUUUGCAUGCAAGAUAAUGAAUGCAAGUGCAGAUACCCGUGGCCGUUCAAUGAGAACACGAUACAAGGCAAGGACUCAUACCCAGUUUAUCGGCGUAGAGACGAUGGUAGACGCGCUAAGGUUCGAGGGAAAAUGUUGGACAACCGAUGGGUUGUGCCAUAUAACCCUUACCUUCUGCGGAUGUUUAAUUGCCACAUCAACGUCGAGGUCUGCUCUAGCAUAAAGGCUGUAAAAUACAUUUAUAAGUACAUUUAUAAGGGCCAUGAUAAGGCUUCUUUCAGCAUCAACCAGCCAGACGCUGAUGGUAACAUUGAUGAGAUCAAGAGAUACGUUGACGCAAGAUGGGUCACCCCUCCGGAGGCUGUGUGGAGGAUAUUUGGCUUCCCACUGUGUGCCAAUUACCCGCCUGUCUUGCAGUUGCCUCUUCAUCUCCCGAAUAUGCACAGGCUCGCAUUCAAUGCACAGGCUGACUUGAAGAAUGUUGUAUCCUCCGAGAAUGCUUCAAAAUCCAUGUUAACGGAGUAUUUCAAGGCAAAUGAACAACACCCUUGGGCAAGGCAUAUAUUGUACAAGGAUUUCACCGGAAGCUUCACGUGGGAGAAGAAAAAGAAGUUCUGGAAGAGGCGGGUGUAG